GAGGUAGUGAGAAUACUUGCUUUGAAACGCUUUUUUCUUAACGUUUUGAAUUUGUUGUGGGUAGUUGUUUAAUAGCUAAUUUCUUUACAAACCGAGUGAAACAUCUUCCGAACUAGAGCAGCUUUUUCGCCACGAUUUUUAUGACGUCACGCCACCCUCAGCUUUGCUUUACAUUUGAAGCUUAGAGAAGCACGGGGUGAACUUUUCUCGCGAAACAUUACAAAAACAGCGCGUGUGCUGUGCUAAAUGGCUCAGAUGAGGGCUGAAGGGACUGAACACGGUUCAUAUCAGUCUGAAUCCAAACAAAGCGACUCUUGGACCAGCUUGAAGGGACAAGCCGUGGAAGACCCCAAACGGGAACCGGGUGUCAACAACGAGGACAAACCAGCCGAGGACUGCGGCAGUUGUACGGCAGUGGGGCCCGGGCACAACCCGCCGCCCUUUUCUGACAUGGACGGGGAAGGUACGUCGCCUCACAGCAAGCCGGGCAACAACGAUGUGGAAGGUGGCUUUAAACUCGGCGAACCUGGAGAAAGCCCUGCGCAGGGUAGUCUAGCGAGCAGCAUAGACUCCGCACAAGAGGGCUCGCGAGUGAUGAAAGCAGAACAAAGAGAAGCGGAGAACGUGUGCAGCUCAGCGCCUCGCGGCUGCACAAAGCCCGCGGGAAAGGCCGAACACGCGGCCAGGAGGUGGGUCGGUGUGGAGUUGAACUCCGUGGAAGGAGAGCCGCUCAGCCGCAUGGACUCUGAGGACAGUUUCUGCUCCACCCUGAUGGACAUAGAGAGCACUGCAUCCAGCGGUCGUUCGACUCCUGCCAUGCUCAAUGGUCACAGUGGGGGGGCAGCGUCAGUAGCAGGCUCUGGACCUGCUGUGAGCAAAUCUCUGAACUACACCUGCUGCUGGGAUGACUGCCAGCUGCUGUUCUCCAGCAGCCCUGACCUGGCUGAACACAUCCGAGCCAUGCAUGUGGACGGACAGAGAGGAGGGGUGUUUGUGUGCCUGUGGAAGAACUGCAAGGUGUACAACACUCCGUCCACCAGUCAGAGCUGGCUGCAGAGACACAUGCUGACCCACAGCGGAGACAAGCCCUUCAAGUGUGUGGUUGGCGGCUGCAAUGCCACUUUUGCCUCACAGGGGGGGCUGGCACGCCACGUCCCCACCCACUUUAGUUCCCAAGGUUCUUCCAAAACAUCCAGUCAGGGCAAAGUGAAGGAGGAAUCUCCAUCCAAGGCUGGUCUGAUCAAGAGGAGGAAACUCAGGAACAAAUAUAGACGCUCACUGCCUCGACCUCAUGACUUCUUUGAUGCACAAACCAUGGAGGCCAUCCGGCAUCGAGCCAUAUGUCUCAACCUGGCAACACACAUUGAGAGCCAGGGCAACGGACACAGUGUGGUCUUCCACAGCACGGUGAUAGCCAGGAGGAAAGAGGAUUCUGGGAAAGUGAAGGUGCUGCUCCACUGGACACCUGAAGACAUACUGCCUGAUGUGUGGGUGAAUGAGAGCGACAGACUGCAGCUGAAGACCAAGGUGGUUCAUCUGUCCAAGCUGCCGACAGACACAGCUGUCCUCCUGGCCCCCAACAUUUACAGGAUGUUCUUCUGAUGAAUUCAACUUUGCUGAAAUACCAGGGGAAGACAUUUCUGCUCAGCUCCAUGUGAAGUUUCCUCUUCAUCAAAGAGGAUCUUAGGAAUUUAGUAAUUGUCUCCUUGGCUUUUUUUGGCCACCAGUAUUAUUAGGUGCAGUUUGUAGAAAGCAUGUUGCUUGUUUUAGGUAACACAGCUAGAGUGAAAAACAGAUGAACUGCAUCUGUAGAGGCAGUUGUAAAUAUAUAAGAUUUGUAAUAUAUUUUUAUACACUUUUUGUACUCCCAUGUAGCUGAUGCAAAUCUUUUUAAUAAAAGUCUCAAAAUGA